AUGCAGUCGUUAUGUCGCAGGGGCGAAUGCCUCGGCAAACAACUGCUACCACUGGCCCUGAGUACCUUAUUCUACAUAGCUGCGGCGGUAGCGUAUGCCGUCACUCUGAUCCUGUUCCCUCACGCCGAAGUCGGCCUGUCAGAACAGAUCACUUGGAUCGUCAUUGCUAUCGUUGAAGGUCUGGCUGUCCUUAUCAUCAACAUGACAUGGCGCAUCGUCAGCUUCAACUCGAGCGCAUAUGUUGCGUACCUUCAUAAUAGCAUGAGCAUGAUCAACAACCGCUUCCGAAGCAAGAAAUGGGAGGUCUAUGACUCGAAUGUCAACUUGACGGCGACCAACAAUCAGGUCGAAAUAUACAGCUUCAAGACGCCUAUGUGGACCAAGAACACCGGAGAAUCGAUACGUAAACUCGUCACCAAGGCUCAAGUCUUUGUGUUUAAAGCGCACGCAGACACGAUCGCAAAGCUCAAUGCUGUCACACCGGUCAACCAGGCAGUCGUACGAGAUACCCGAAAGGGCCUCAGAUUACCUUGA